AUGUCAUGCCCUUUAUCUGAACGGAAUAUUAAUAACCUCUUGGACGAUGAAAAUAAUGAGAUUGUUAGCUCAACUGAUACUACUAAGUCAGUUGAUGAGAAAGUAGAUGAUAAACUUUCCGAAACUAAGGAUUCCUUAGAAGACAAUAAACCCAAAGACGAAGAGCACUUGGAAACAAUUGAGGAGGCAAAAGAAAAGGCUGAUGGAUUAUUAAGCAACAUUGUUUCUGCAGUGCGUCAUGCAAUUGAUGGGGUCCAGAAAGAUAUCGAGGAAAAAACUACUGACUUAAAAGGUACUGUUCUAGAAACUGAAAUCACCGUUAAAGAAAACGCCAUUGAUAAAAUUGAUUCACUUAUUAAAGAAACAAACAAUAAAACUAAAGACAUUAAAACGCAAGAUAAAGAAGCCAAAAAAGAAGCUGCAGGCCUUUAG